UGAUCCAAUUGUCUUUGGCGUGUUUCUAAACAGGAAAACAAUAUAUGCCUGGCCAAAAAAACCCACCAAAUUGACAGAAUGAGAACAACGUGAAAAACUGAUACCAAUUACAUAUAAAAGAUGUGAUGUCAACUUCAUAUUCAAUGAAAACUGUCUCAUCAAGCAUGAAUCUUGGCAAUAUAUAUGUGGUGGGUGUAUCUUUAUCACGUAAUAUAUUUCACAUUUCCUCAUUGACCUGAUGGAUCCGGGUAAUAGAUUGAAUGCCAAAAUUUGUGUGGUGCGUUGAGUUUUCCAUUAGUGUAAAGUGCGUGAAAGUAAGGAGUUUCUAUAACUGGAAUGGAGGAACGUGACAAUUCCAUUCCUAUUGCCUGUGAUGUUCGACAGGGGUGUACGGAUGAUCCGCUCAAUCGCAAUAAUCGCGAAAUGUGAGUUGGUUUUUGUAAUUAGACGGAGGCUGGGGGGUUGGGAGAUGGUAGUAAACGUUGGAACUUGGUGCCACAUAGUAAUCAGAUCAGAUAGUUGUCUGCCUACACUACACUAUAGAAUUCUGCCUCUACUGCUGUAUUUUCACUUGUCAAAUCUUUCAGCCUCUUCUGCUCUAUUCUUCUUACUCUAUUCGGGGCAUGCCCCAGCUCAUCGCAUCUAUCAUUUCACUUGUUUCUAAAUGAAAAUAAGCAAAAUCGACAUUCAAGAGGGAAUGAAUGCACCUUUUUUACGUUAAUAGUUGAUAUGUUAUGGUUGGUAAAAUGUAAUAUGAGAUCUUUCAGUUUUCAAAUUUAUACAUCUUUGUCGUUAAUGGUUGCUCAGAGUCAGAUUGGAUUCGAUGGUUGAUGGAUCCAAGUGAUAUUUCUCAUUUCAAUUAGUACAUCUCUGCAAUUAACAUUUUGAAGAGUCAAAUGCUGCCUGUGAUGGUCUAAAAUUAGAAAUCUUUGUGUGAAACAUAUUUUACUUGCAUAUUCCGAAAGUUGAGGGUGGGUCGAGAGUCGAGACAUAUUCUCAACCUAGGGUAGAAUGUAGAUCCGCAAAAGUGAAUUACUGGAUUAUACAAAUUGUAAGUGUUGAGAUAAAUUUUCCGAUUUUUUGUGUCAGAUUAAAAAAUUUUGUUUCGCAAAAUCAUGGAGUUCCAAAAUUCCAAUCUCGUUUAUAUUAGAAUCUCAGACAAAUCUCAGUACUAUCUUGUUUGUCACUCUAAAAUCUCAAGACUUGUUACUAUACUAGACUACUGUUUGAACAAUGGACACCAACAACCUUCCUUAACAGUAAUAUAUCUACUCCCCUCUACUUCAUAUUCCAUUUAACGGCUCCCUAAACACACACGUUCAUUACACUAUCAUCCUGGUAUCCUACUUACUCAAAGUCAAAUCUUGCUUGUGUCUCUGUGAUCACUUGUUUUUAUUACAACUUCAACUAUGUUGGACCUCAAUCUCAACUAUUUUCCGUCAAGUUCGUUCCAUGAUCCAGCAGAGUCGCAGCAUCUCCAUCUUUUUGGAAUGCAAAUGAACGAACAUUCGGGUACCUCAAACUCCUCUGUUGUCAACGUGGAAACAUCCAGCAAUGCUGGCGACGAGGAGUACUCGAAUCAGCCUUAUCAUGAGCAUUGUUUCGACAUUUUGAAGUCAGGUGAUGACCAAGUUGAUGAGCAUGAAGAGAGUUACAAUCAAGGCAGUGUUGUAAAGCCAAGAUUUACGACGAAAGAGCUGUUCCCUGUUAGAGGAUCACCGCGGCGGAUGGACCCUUUGGUGCAGCAGCAGGUGCAGCAAGUAAAGAGAAGUAGAAGAGGACCGCGGUCUAAGAGUUCUCAGUACAGGGGAGUCACCUUUUAUCGCAGAACUGGACGAUGGGAAUCACACAUAUGGGACACUGGGAAGCAAGUUUACUUGGGGGGAUUCGACACUGCUCAUGCUGCAGCUAGGGCUUAUGAUAGAGCUGCAAUUAAGUUCCGUGGAGCCAAUGCUGAUAUCAACUUCAGCAUUAGUGAUUACGGUGAAGAUCUUCAGAAAAUGAAGAAUGUGACCAAGGAAGAGUUUGUACAGAUACUUCGUCGACAGAGCACAGGAUUUUCCAGAGGGAGUUCGAGAUAUCGAGGAGUUACUCUACACAAAUGUGGGCGAUGGGAAGCUCGAAUGGGGCAGUUUCUUGGGAAAAAGUACAUCUAUCUCGGGUUGUUUGACAGUGAGAUAGAAGCUGCAAGGGCUUAUGACAAAGCAGCGAUAAAAUGUAAUGGCAGGGAUGCAGUAACCAAUUUCGAGCCAAGUACUUAUGACAACGAUUUUUGUUCCGAAGCUGAAACUGGAGUUACUUGCUCAACUCUAUGUUUUACUACUGGCAGCGGUCAGUCUCUAGAUCUGAACUUGGAAAUGUCUCCAACUGAUUUUGCUGAUGGUGCUAAAGGGACGGAUGAUUUUGGGAGUUUAAGUUUCCAGAAUCAUUUGAAAGACAUCCCUGAUGUUAGAGAAUCCAGACAUAAGGUGAUUCAGAUAGAGGAGAGUUCUCCUUCUGCAAUAAUGGGAACUCCACUGCCUCUUGGCCAAGUUUAUACGCCAGGGCUUCCCUCUUUCCGGAGUGGGGUGAAUUCAAGUCUUCUUCCUGUCUACGAGGGAAGAGCGAUGGACAAGAUUAUAGAAGUUGAUUUACAGCCACACUGGGCGUGGAGUAAUCAGGGAUCUUAUGCUGAACCUACUUCAGUGCCACUCUUCUCUACUGCAGCAUCAUCAGGAUUCGUUACUUCAAGGGCUACUGCUGCAUCAGCUGGUUUUUAUUUCAUCAGUCCGCCCCAUCGCCACACGUCUAAGCCAUGUCAAAUCGCGGCAAACACUAACAGUGUAUUCUAUUACUGAAACCACAGGAUUCGAGUUCAGUCUCUUCUUCGUCAAAUUAAAUUGUUCGUUUAUGCUUUCUGUUCGUCCAGAGCAUUCUAAUACAUUUCAACUUGGUCUAUUAGAUGCUUUUGAUCAAAAUUAAAAAUGUCCCUGA